GGCCUGUCCGUGCAGCCGGGCUCGGGUUUGACGUGGGGGGCCUUCCGGGGUGCGGGGCAGUCCCUGCCUGCUUCUGCUCCCUAGUUUCUUCAGCCCGGGGCUUGCCUCGCGGGACGGGGACCUCGCGCCUGAGGGUCGCGGGCUGGCACGCGCGGCCUCCCACCUCCGCGGCGCAGGCCCCGGGAGGGCGGAGGGGCGCGCACGGACUCGCCGAGGAGGACGUUCGGGCGCCGGGGAGGCUGCGCAUGCCGGGGAGUCGGCGGGACCCAGUCGUGGUUCCGUGGAGCCGCAGGGCGCCGGCCGCCCAGAGCUGACGUUGCACUGAUUGGAUUGGCUGUCAUGGGCCAGAAUUUAAUUCUGAACAUGAAUGACCAUGGCUUUGUGGUCUGUGCUUUUAAUAGGACAGUCUCCAAAGUUGAUGAUUUCUUGGCCAAUGAGGCGAAGGGCACCAAAGUGGUUGGUGCACAAUCCUUGAAGGAGAUGGUCUCCAAGUUGAAGAAGCCCCGGCGGAUCAUACUUCUUGUGAAGGCCGGCCAAGCUGUGGAUGAUUUCAUUGAAAAACUGGUACCGUUGUUGGACACUGGUGACAUCAUCAUUGAUGGAGGAAAUUCUGAAUAUCGGGAUACUACACGGCGAUGUCGAGACCUCAAGGCCAAGGGAAUCUUGUUUGUGGGAAGUGGAGUCAGUGGUGGUGAGGAAGGGGCCCGGUAUGGCCCAUCACUUAUGCCAGGAGGGAACAAAGAAGCCUGGCCCCACAUCAAGGCAAUCUUCCAAGGCAUUGCUGCAAAAGUCGGAACUGGAGAACCCUGCUGUGACUGGGUGGGAGAUGAGGGAGCCGGACAUUUUGUGAAGAUGGUGCACAAUGGGAUAGAGUACGGUGACAUGCAGCUGAUCUGCGAGGCUUACCACUUGAUGAAGGAUGUUCUGGGCAUGGGGCAUGAGGAGAUGGCCCAGGCAUUUGAGGAAUGGAACAAGACAGAGCUAGACUCGUUCCUGAUCGAAAUCACUGCUAAUAUUCUCAAAUUCCGAGAUACUGAUAGCCAACACCUGCUGCCAAAGAUCAGAGACAGUGCAGGGCAGAAGGGCACCGGAAAAUGGACUGCCAUCUCAGCCCUGGAGUAUGGCAUUCCAGUCACGCUCAUUGGAGAAGCUGUCUUUGCUCGGUGCUUAUCAUCUCUAAAGGAUGAGAGAAUUCAAGCCAGCAGAAAGCUUAAGGGCCCUCAGAAGGUCCAGUUUAAAGGUGAUAAAACGUUAUUCCUUGAAGACAUUCGAAAGGCCCUCUAUGCUUCCAAGAUAAUCUCAUAUGCUCAAGGCUUUAUGCUGCUCAGACAGGCAGCUGCUGAAUUUGGCUGGACCCUCAAUUAUGGUGGCAUUGCCCUGAUGUGGAGAGGGGGCUGCAUCAUAAGAAGUGUAUUCCUGGGAAAGAUAAAAGAUGCAUUUGAUCGAAACCCAGAACUUCAGAACCUACUGCUAGAUGACUUCUUUAAAUCUGCUGUUGAAAACUGCCAGGACUCCUGGCGGCGGGCGGUCAGCACCGGGGUCCAGGCAGGCAUUCCCAUGCCCUGCUUCACCACUGCCCUCUCCUUCUAUGACGGAUACAGACACGAGAUGCUGCCAGCCAACCUCAUCCAGGCUCAGCGAGAUUACUUUGGGGCUCACACCUAUGAACUCUUAGCCAAACCGGGACAGUUUUUCCACACUAAUUGGACAGGCCACGGUGGCAGUGUGUCAUCCUCCUCAUACAAUGCCUAAUGGGCAUUGCUCACCCUUUGACUCCAAAGACCGAACAUUCCGUGUGCCACACAGCACUCCUCACGGCCAUUUGCCCUAGUUCCUGGUUAGAUCUUUGCAAGUGUUGGAAGCGACUCCUGAAGAAGUCACACAGGGCCUAUUAGAAAAGUGGUUAUGAGCCACUGUGUUUUUGAACCUGGCCUCCUGGGACUGCCUAGGAACUGAUCAUGCCACCAUUCCUUGAAGCUGUCAGUGAGGCUGCAGCUCCUAGCACAGAGGGGAGGGGGUUUGUAGGAUUUGAUCACACUGGAUCCUUGUAUCACGCAGCUUCCCCUUUCCCCUUCUCAGUAAAAGCUACAUACUAUCGUGCACUUCUUCCACACUCUUGCUCUCACCUGGCCACAUCAGGCCAUUAUCCCACCAGAGAAAGGUGUGCUGUGAGUUUGUUAUAUUCAAAUCAAUUUUUUUCCUUUAAGCCUCAUUAAUUUUUUCUUCUUUUGACUGCAAAUAAUACAAGAAACACCAAAUCAAGGAUCACGAUUGUGUCUUGGGGGUGAGGAGGCAGCUGGGAGUGGGAGGGCAGCAGCUUUAAUGUGUUGUUUUGUGUUCUUUCAUAAGCAGUUGGUACAUGGAUGUUCACUGUAACUAUGCCUUCUUGUCUGUCAUAAUAAACUUUUUAGAGAAUUACAUGUAAAUGUUGGGCUUAGCUUUGUCUCAGUCAGGGCCUGCUCCUGACUGCCUUUUCACUUAGCCUUGUUUACUGACAGUGUUAUGUGCCCUGGGGCCAUGGCCUGCUUUAUACAAGCAGUUUAACUCCACUCCAUAAUGAUUUUUCUUGAAUCUUUCAAGAGUCCUAAGGACAGUGACAGCAAAUAGUGCCUGUUUGGACGCUGGUCUCUAUAAUUUGACCUCUGGCCGCUGUCUCAGAAGAGUGAGUUGCAGGGGCAGGUGGAGCUGACAUGGGGGAGAAAACCUAUGUCAUUAAAUCAACUUAUUUAUUUGGCUUUUUGGGACAGGGUCUUGCUAGGUAGCCUAAACUGUCAUGGGCAAUUAACUUCCUGCCUCAGCCUCUCUAGUGCUGGGAUUAUAGGCAUAUCCUAGUAUGCCCAAGCAAAAUGAUCAGCUUUUAAACAUUUUGCCUGGACUUAGCAAGACCAGGUCUCACCUCCCCCUUCCUGCCCCAGCUGCAAACAUGAGAUUCCUCUAAGGGCUGCCAAUGGGUCUUGAAGAUCAUCUAUUGUCCUUGUUCUGAGGCAGGGAUGAUACUUCAAGAAGAGAAAGCAGCUGAGCGCCGGUGACAUACGCCUAUAAUCCAGUGUGAUGAAUGCCACCCUCUCAUUAGUCACUAAGUAGCUGUCUCAGUUAUCAGACUGACUGUUGCAAUAUGGAAGUUCUUGUGCUCAUGUGACCCUUAGUUUUACUUCACAAUGGCCCCAAAAUGUAAAAGGAAUGACUUGGCAAUUUGGAUUUUCCAAAGAGAAGCUAUAAAACACUUCACUUCAACGAAAAGGUGAAAGUUUUCAACUUAAAAGGAAAGAAAAAUAAAAUCACACAUGGAGGUGCCUACAAUCCAUGGUAAUGAGUCUUCUGUCUGUGAAACUGAAGGGAAGAGAAAUCUGGCAUACCUCAACCGUAAGAGUUACCACAGCAUUGUGAUAUGUUGCUUAGUUAAGAUGGAAGAGCUGGGAAUGCAGCUCAGUGAUGGAGCAUUUGCGUAGCAGGCAUGAAGACCUGGGUUCAAGCCAGAUCACUG